UCGAGCGAGGCGAAUGUGAUGUGUACUUUGUGCGCGCGCGUUUUAGCGAAAUCCGAAAACCGGCUAAAAAUAGCAAACAAAAUUGCUGUUGCUGAUAAUCACGGAGACAAAUUAAACAUAUAAACAGUGACGUUUCAUUGAUAAGAAAGCGGUGAAUAAAUUGGCGAAAUAUAAUAAAAAGCACAAGUAAAUAAAACUUAAUUUGAAUUUUUCUAUUUAUAAAAAGCACACGAAAAGCUAAAUUGUGUGCUUCGGGUGCAAGAAUUAAGUAGCUGACAUAAGCGAAUUGACAAGCGUGCAAGCGAGUAAAUAAAAUGCGGCUAACUUGAAGAAUCUCGUAUUGUCUACAACAACAAUAAAAAACGAGACUAAAACAAAAACUUGCAUAAAUCACUGUAGCAUAAUAAAUAAAUGGAGCUGAUUGCUUCGUUAAAAACAAUAACAACAACAAUUGCAAACACUUUGACUUACCUUGGCAAAAGUAAUUUGUAGACGUUGAUGGUUUCUUAAUUUAAAUUGAUAAUGGAAAUGUGUAAAUUGGUGUAAAAUAUGACAGAAAGUGAAGAUAAAAAUUUAAUUUCAUUUUAAGCUCUCGCACUUUGUAGAUACAACAGUGUACAUAUGUGUGCGUACAAUUACAAAGGAAUGUGCGUGUAGUUAAAGCGGCUUAUUUAUUAGUAAAAAAUUGUUGAUUCAAGGUAAUUGUUGAUAGCUGCAGCAGUGUUGGACAACAUUCUUGGAAAUUGAUAUUUUUCUAUAAAAAAAAAUAUUGGGCUAAGUUAAGCGAUACUCCAACAGCUGCAAAAUUAUUCUACACUAAUUGUGAGCAGAAGCAAUUAAAAGCUUUAUAAAGUUUCCACAUACCUCCCCCACUUGAGAGUCAAGCGAAGGCUACAUUUGAGUGACACUCUCUUUUAAUCACACUCUGCGCCCGACGGCAGCCAAAAUUAUGCGUCUCUUCAAGUCACGCAAGUCCAUCGACACAUUCGGCACCACAGCAACCAAUAGCAGCAACACAACCAACAACAACUCAACAUAUCAGCAACACUACACAACACAAAACGCCACACCAACAGCAACCCCACCAACAUGCACCGUCAAAUUCAGCAAAACUAUAGCCGGCAGCACAUCCAUCUCCUCCUCACUGCCCGAUCUACAUGAUUCGCCCGUUAUGAUACUCAGUUGUACAAAUUUGAGCGCAAGUCAUACGCCCACACCACGCACCCCUACUAGCGUCAGCGUGCUUAGUGCGAGCAAUAGCGGUGCCUCCACACAAACGCAUUCCCCUGCCACUGGAGGCGGCGGCUGCGGCGGUGGCAGCUACACACUCACCUAUAAUAGUCUCAACAGUAGUGGCCGUCAGACGCCAUCUGCUCUCUCGGUUGCUUCGUUGAAUGAUGCUGCUUUGCAGCGGCUACAUCAUCACCAGCAACAACAACAACAGCAACAGCAACAUCAUAGCACUACCCAACUGUAUCAGAACGGAAGCGUCGGCGGCAGUGGCCCAACUAAAUGCAAAAGCAACACUUUGCUGGUGAAUUAUGGUGGGAGUAGUAAUAAUAUUGCCGCCGCGCAGCAUUACUACCAAAAACUCGGACAGCAGUCAUUAGGACAGCAACGGAACACAUCAUCGUCGAGCAGCUGCAUCUACGAUAAGAGUCGAAAUGCAAGUUGCCACAAUAUUUCGCUGAUGCCGAAUGGCGAAAAGGCGACUGCUGGGGGCUCCAGUGGUUAUGGUGGCAUUAGUGGUGGAGGUACGCCCAUGAAAAGUUGCGGCGGUUCGACAAUAUCGCUGAUGGCGUCAAAUGGUCAUCUGCCCAACUAUCAGUUGGUCACCGCCGUGCCAGUUGUUAUAUUGGAUGAUGAAAAGAAAUUUACUUCCACUACAGAAACAGCAGCAAUAACAAGUACCACAACGACUUCAGUAGCAGCCACAACAACAGCAACAGCAACACCAACAAGCACAACAGCCAGUAGUGCCACAAGAAAUGUCUUCACCUGGGGCAAACGCAUGAGUCGCAAGUUGGAUAUAUUGAAAAGGAGCGACACCACCAACACACACAAGUCCCAUACGGAUCUGCGUUCACUCUUCCAAACCACGACUCACAACAAUAACAACAAUGCCAAUGCGAAAGACAAUUAUCAGACACACACAUUGAAAAAAUGCAAAUCUGGACCCAUCGAGACGAUCAAGCAGCAGCAACAGAAAAAUCAGCAACAGCAACAGCAACAACAACAGAAGGAUCAAAAGGAUCAGGCAAGCACACAACAGAAACAACAGGCACAAAAUGGCGAGGUGCCGCAAUGUAAAAACCUACAGAAACAAGAUAAAGCCAAGGAGGGCAGCACGCACGGCAGUAGCGCCCAACAGAGCACACCACCUAAUGCCCAGCAACGCUCGCAGAAAGCGAUCAAAAACUUUUUCCACCGCAUUGGUUCCACUGGCAUGCUCAAUCACAAGUCACACAAUCUUAUAAAAGCCGCGGAGCCGAGUGGCACGACUGGCAGCAAUUUGUACCGCAGCAGUUCUACUAGUCAGCUCACGAGCUCGUCGUACAUUAAAUGUGACGAUCCAACGGAAGGUCUGAAUUUGGCCAACAACCGUCAGGGUAAGCUGCAAAAGAGCGCCGCGAAUGCUGCCGCUAAUCUGAAGUCGAGUAGUUGUGAUGAUAUCGCUAAGGUAGGCGCAAGCCAAUCGCCUAAUGGCGACGUACCAACAUUAGGCGGUCAAACACAGAACACAGCGAGUCAGCCGAGUCAAGAGUCAACAAAUCGACGCGGCGCCUUCCCAUAUGCUUUUCUGCGUUCACGUCUCUCAGUGUUACCCGAAGAGAAUGGCGGCUCGGUAAUGAAGCAACCCUCGCUCUCGAGUUUACACACCAUAGACGCAAGUGGCGGUUUGCUUGAGUUGCAACAUCCGGUGUCGCAAUACCUGCAGGUGGGUCAGCAGCAUUCACCGGUGUCACAACAUCGCAAUUCCACAACAAUGUUGCCCAGUGAAACUGCAGCGGCGAUGGCCGAUAGCGCUUUGGACUCGUUAUCGCUGUCCAGCACUUCUCCAAAUCACCAAAAGAAGGUGAUUUAUCGGAAUGGCGUACUGAUCAAGCGCUACUCCUCGGAUGACAGUGCAAUAAGCAAUUGUUCACCACAGCAGCUGAAUGUGGGCGCUGUUGGUGCGACCGCCUACAAUGGGGUGUGCAUUAACGGUGAGUUGAUAAUAUCGCGCAAUAACAGCCUCUCCUCCAAGGACUGGGAACCACUUUACCAAAGAUUAAGUAGUUGUCUUAGUUCGAACGAGUCGGGUUACGACAGUGACGGAGGCGGUGGGGGCAGUGGCGGUGGAGGUGUAGGAACUGGUGUUGGCUGUGUCAAUAUCGGUAGCGGUGAAAGCGAUGGAAGUGUAUGUGGCAGUGUUAUUUUCCCUGUGAAUACCAAUAACACACAACUGCUGGGCAAUAAUCUUGGUAUCUCCGGCGGAGAUACGGAAUCUAUUGCAUCGGGUACGUUGAAGAGGAACUCGCUGAUUUCGCUCACCUCCUCGGAGAGUGGUGUAGGAUGUGGUGGUAUACGAAGCAGUAGUAUAUGUAGCACAACAAGCGGAUCCGUUUCGCUUGGUGGCUACAACUAUGAUUACGAGACAGAGACUAUUCGACGACGGUUUCGACAGAUCAAGCUGGAGCGAAAGUGUCAGGAGGACUGCAUUGGCUUGGUUUUAUCGCCGAAAACUGUAAUGAUGUCAACAAAUGAACAGCAAUAUCGUUACCUGAUAGUCGAAAUGGAUCCAUAUGGCAUGGCACAGAAAGAUGGCCGCCUGCGCAUCGGUGACGAAAUUGUCAAUGUUAACGGUAAGCAUUUGCGGGGUAUGCAGUCCUUUACCGACGUCCAGCGUCUGCUCUCGACAUUUGUAAAUAACUCCAUCGACUUGGUAAUCGCGCACGACGAAAUCGCUACAGUCACUGAUUUCUAUACAAAGAUAAAAAUCGACGGCAGCUCGGCGCAAACCUACAAUUCUAUGCUCUCCUUGCAUGGCGGCAAUGAGCCCGCACCAGCAUCGGCGCCACCCACAGCCAAUCCACAAAGUGAGUAUUUAGCACGCGCGCGCAAACGACUUAGCUACACACAGCGCACACAGAGCACGGACAGUAUCAACUAUGACUUACAGAGCCUGCAGUUGGCACUAGAAAAUGAGGAUACUCGUCAAAUACGUAAACCGUCAUCAGAAAUAAUGGGUUCCGCUGCAAAUGAGCUGGAUGUGGACGACGAUACGCGCUCAUUGGCCAGUGUGACGACAAUGCAUUCGCUCAGUUCGAUGCCAACGCCUAUGCCUCUAAUGCAACAUCGGCGCUGUUCCACACCGCGUCAUUCCACGGACUCAACGGGUAAUGGAGGUGAGUUUGAAGGCGAACAUAUAAGACGGCGCGCGCGUUCUUCCUCCGGUCAACGCAACCUCGAACUGACGCCGUUGUAUACCGCGAACACCGAGUACACGCCUGUGUAUACGAAUCGCGCGUCUAGCAUAUCGUUGGCAACGCACACAAUCAGCGACGAUGAAAAGUGGCAGCUGUUGGCGCGCAAACGCUGUUCUGAGGGCGCAACGCUGCUACGUGCUCAGCAGCAGCAAACGCAGGCCCAACAGCAGCCACAGGCCGAGUUGUUGGCAGAUUGUAGUGGACGCGCCGCGGGUAAUCGUAGUGCGUCGUUGCCUUUUGGAAUCCCGACGCCAACGGCUCCGAGUUCAUUCUCAGACACUGUCGAUGGCGCGGGUGCCGCGCAGGCACAACAGCUGCCGGCGCAGUCAUUUCCAUCGCGCACGCACUACACGCGCAACUCCAUCAACCUGUCCAACUCACAUUAUCGUUCGCUACGUUUUGCACAUUCGCGUCUAAGCUCGUCGCGCUUGAGCUUAUUCAUACAGCCGCAGUCAAGUGGCGCGACUGAUGGUGGUAGACUAAAAACAACAAAUAACAGUAACUGUAAUUACCAAAACUUAAAUGCCACUAAUAGUACAAAUAAUACUAAAACACAGACAAAAACAACGCCGGUGGCGGCGACGAAUAGCGCCGUCAGCGAGAGAACAACCCCAACAGCAACUCAAAGUGUGAACACCACCGACGAUGAUGCGCACAGGCAGCGGAGGCAAUCACAGCACCCGCAACAGCAGCAACAGCAACAAGAACCACAAACGGCGUCUGAUCUCACUAAUAACACUAAUAUAAAUGCUAAUCCUUAUCAUCUCAUUUCUCAACAACAACAAAAACAACACCAAAACUUAAGCCAACCACAACAUCAACAACAGCAAUUACACCAGCACCAUCACCACAAUCAGCGACACCAUGCAACGCCUUCACAUUUAUAUCAGCCACUGCAACAACAACAACAACAUUUAACCGUACCUUCAUCUUCUAUGUCAACAGCACUAACCGCUUCGGGUAGUUCAUUAACAACAACAAUAAGUGACACAGGAACACCAACAAAUUCAUUACAAUAUCAUCGCCCUUCAUUGCCCACGGCGAGAUUAACCAUACGCGACGAAGAAAUGGCCGAAGUCAUACGCGCUUCGAUGAACGAUGGUGAGUGGAGCGGGGCCUUUGACUCCAGUCGUUCGACACAGAAGACGAUAACAUUUUUCAAGGGUCAUGGCAUGAAAUCGCUGGGUUUUAGCAUUGUUGGUGGACGUGACUCGCCAAAAGGUAAUAUGGGUAUUUUCGUAAAGACUGUUUUCCCCUCGGGACAAGCGGCCGAUGAUGGCACACUGCAAGCGGGUGACGAAAUCGUCGAGAUCAAUGGCACUUCUGUGCAAGGCAUGAGCCAUGCUGAAACUAUACGGCUUUUUAAGGAUGUGCGUGAGGGUGCUAUUGUGCUGAAGGUGUUAAGAAGAAAGUUACAAAAAGCCAAAUCUAUGGGCGUAUAAAAUGCGAAGCUGGAACUGGCGCUUGUUGAAAUUUAAUUUAAAUCGACUGUAAAAAGUAAUUGUUUUAAUUUAGUAUAAUGUUAAAAUAUAUAUAUAUG